GAGAGAGAGAGAGAGAGAGAGAGAGAGAGAGAGGGAGAAGGCAAAGCCUGCGUGGCUUUGAAACAACUCCAGCAGACAGUGAGGAGGCUCUACUAAGAGAAGAAGCAAGAGGAGCUCUGUGGGAAGAUGUGAGGAGCUGCUGGCAGGGUGCAAAUCUGAGGAGGAGACACAGCAGAGCUUGAAGCCACUUUGCUGAAUCCUUCUCCAUCAGUGAGUCUGAGGACAGAGGAAACUCCUGUGAUGUCUUGGUUGUCACCCGUGUCCUGGGCCAAAUGGACAUGGACGGCGGUGAGAGGUGGCGAGGGAGAGGAGGAUGAAAACAGACAGGAGGAGAGGGCGCAACGUGGAGAGACAUGGGAGGAAGAGGAGGCGAGAUCUCAAGGCUGCAGCUCUGACUCAGAGGGUCAUUUUGACACUCCAGAAGCUGCGACUCCGGUCCACACCCCUGUGACUGUGCCAGAGCUGGAGAACAACAACACUGAUGCAGUCAAAACAGAUGUGGAGCAAGAUGACCACCUGAUGGUUAGCUCUGUGGCUGGUGAUCAAGACAUUGUGCUCAACUUCAACAUGGGUCAGGAUGAACCUGUGGUGCCACCAGGUGGCUCACUGGAAGUUAACCUGCAGAACCUCGAAGCAGAACAAACACAGGACCUCCUAGAAGCUUUGGACUCUGUCCCUUUUCCACAUUCAUUCUUACAACAGGAGCAAUCUGACAUGGAUAAAUGCACGACUUCAGUCUCUGACACAUCCCAAACACCACACACCAUUCUAGUUUCAGAUCUUGUCCCAGGUUUGGAUGCAGAUUGUGCUUCAAUCCUAGAUCCAUACAUAAGCAGUGAGCCUGCAUCCACCUUAUGUCAGGACCUCAUUGAGAAGAAACCUGUUGAAGUUCCAGAAUCAGUGUGGAACGGCAUCCCUGACCAGACCGAGCCAACUCACAAGGCUAAAACCGGUAAAUCUAAGCCUCCAAUACUCAAGAUGCAGACUUCACAGGAUGAGAUUCUACAAGUACAUGAGGAAUCAGAACUUUUCCUUCCCAAAGCCAGGUACAACUUUGACCCCGAGGAGCUGGAUGAUUUUAACCCCUUCACUAGUGGCGGAUCCAAAAUUCAGAACUCUCCCCCACCGCGUGGACUUAACUCUCUUCCCAGGUUUGAUUCAGUUGGUAGCUCACUACCUGUCUUUGAGUCCAGCUCCACAGGUCAAGCUGAAAUACAGUCUAUGGAGUCGACUUCAGAAAUGAAGCCAAUGAUGUUGGAGUUUGGACUUGAUGAGGGGACGAUCACCAAGCCACCUCCAAGAAAACUGGGUGGAAAAAAGACAAUCAGCAAAACCACUUCCAAGAAGCAGAGGCUUAAAGGCUCAGAGGUUUCCUGUAAAACUGUGCCAGAACCAGAACCCACAGUACCAGCUCCGGUUCCUCAACACAUAUCAGAACCAGUUUCCAGUACUGUUACAGAAACUGCUCUGUCAAUCUCAGACUCUGCUGCACCCUUGAAUCUGGAUGAUGUUCCUCUUCCCAAAACAGGAACAUAUAACUUUGAUCCCAGUCAGUGGGACGACCCGAACUUCAAUCCUUUUGGGGGCAACAGCAAAGUGAGCAGCUCUCCGGUGCUCCCUAAGGGCUCGUACAGUUUCGACCCAGACAAUUUUGAUGAUUCUGUUGACCCUUUUAAACCUUCCAAAACCCUUAACAGUGAGGACACAUCUGGUAGCACCCCUCUGCCUGAGGAAAAAGUAAAGGACAGAAGCAAACAGAAACCAGUGCACCCAGCAGGGGAAAAGAAAGCAAGGCAAACGCCCAAGAAAGGCAAAGAGAGAACAAUCACGACAUCUGAUCAAGUCAAGCUUCUCUGUUUUCUUUUGAACUCCUGCAAAGUGCAGAAAUAUGAUGAAAGCCAGUCGUUGGUCCUGGACGUGUGUGCUCAGGAGGAGGAUGAGGUGAUGGUUCAGACGCCAGAGAUCACUCAGCGAGUUCAUCACGCCACUGACGAGGAGAAGUUGGCUUCUACUGGUUUUUUGAGCCAAACGGACAGCCAGGAGGAAAGUGGAGAGCUGGAAAACAAUAAAACAACAAAAAACCAGCCAGGCAGCAAUAAAUCUGUAGUGGAAGGUCCUGAGAGCAAGAUGGUAGAAAGUCUGAAGGAGGACGAUGUCUCCUGUCUGAAAAAUGAUGCAAAUGAAACAUGCGUGACCCCAACAGCAAAGACGGUGGACACUGAGGCCUCAGACUCAACAAGCACAUCUCUGAGUGAAAUGGACAAGGCCGCAGUGCUGACUCUGAUCAGAGAGGAGAUCAUUACUAAAGAGAUCGAGGCCAAUGAAUGGCAGAGAAAGUUCGAGGAGAGCAGAGCCGAAGUUUUAGAAAUGAAGAAAAUAGUUGCUGAAUAUGAAAAAACUGUUGCACAGCUGAUUGAGAAUGAGCAGCAGCAGAAGGCUCUAUCUUGCAACAAGACUGUCAGGCAGUUGACUUUGGAGAGAGAUCAGGCCCUGGCUGACCUCAACUCUGUGGAGCGCUCCUUCUCUGACCUCUUUAGGAGGUACGAGAACAUGAAGAGUGUACUGGAGGGCUUCAAGAAGAAUGAAGAUGUGCUGAAGAAGUGUGCACAGGAGUACCUAAUGAGGAUCAAGCAAGAGGAGCAGAGAUACCAAACCCUCAAGAUACAUGCUGAAGAAAAAUUGGACAAAGCGAAUGAGGAGAUCGCACAAGUACGUGCCAAAGCCAACGCUGAGAGCGUCGCACUAAACGCCAGUCUGAGGAAGGAGCAAAUGAAGGUGGAGUCUCUCGAAAGAGCUGUCCUUCAAAAGAAUCAAGAGAUCGAGGAGCUCACCAAGAUCUGUGAUGAACUGAUCGCAAAACUUGGACCAGAAUGAACAGUUGUCAAACCCAUGAACACUUCUUCGUUAUCAGAGGUGUGUUUCCUGUAGUAGUCCUGUAGAGUUCUUCGCUGUAAGGCAGGGGUGGACCUGCAGAAAGAAACAUUCAUGGGGUGGCAA